AUGGACAGGGACAGUGGCCGGCAGCAAAGGCCAGGUUUGGAGCUGGGCUCUGCCAAGGAGGCCCCUCGCUUCCUCACCCCGCACCUGCUCGAAGCAUCCGAACUGUGGAAUGCUUCUCCAGCAAGGACAUCAUCUCCAGGAAGGACAGUUCCAGCCCGGGCGUCGCCAGCCUACGCGUCCCCAGCUCAAGCGUUCCCUUCCAGGUCCUCAUCGGUUGGGUCGUCAUCGUCUCCCCGGUCAACAUGCGCGACAUCUCCAAGCAGGGUGUACCUGGUUAGAGCCACGGCGCUGGGGGCUGUCCCGGUCCGAGCAAGUCCUGCCAGGCCAGCGCCGGCCACCAGGGAGAGCUCAGGUCCCAGCCUGCCCAAGUUCUCCUGGAAGGAGACCCAGAAGCAGCUGCCCCUCAUCGCGUGCAUCCUUCUCCUCAUCGCCCUGGUGGUCUCGCUCAUCCUUCUCUUCUACUUCUGGAGGGGCCACACAGGAAUCAAGUACAAGGAGCCGGUGGAGAGCUGCCCCAAGCACACCGUCCGCUGCGACGGGGUGGUAGACUGCAAGCUCAAGAGUGACGAGCUGGGCUGUGUGAGGUUUGACUGGGACAGGUCUCUGCUUAAAGUCUACUCGGCCACCUCCCACGAGUGGCUGCCUGUGUGUAGCAGCAGCUGGAAUGACUCUGACUCCAAGAAGACCUGCCAGCAGCUGGGGUUUGAGAGUGCUUACCGGACAACUGAAGUGGCCCUUGGAGACUUUUCCAGAAGUUUCUCCGUCUCUGAAUACAACUCCACCAUCCAGGAAAGCCUGCGCAGGUCUGAAUGCCCUUCCCAGCGGUACGUCUCUCUCCAGUGCUCCCACUGUGGCUUAAGAGCCAUGACCGGGCGGAUCGUGGGCGGGGCGCUGGCCUCAGAGAGCAAAUGGCCUUGGCAAGUCAGUCUGCACUUUGGGACCACCCACAUCUGCGGGGGCACGCUCAUCGACGCCCAGUGGGUGCUCACCGCUGCCCACUGCUUCUUUGUGACCCGCGAGAGGAUUAUGGAGGGCUGGAAGGUGUACGCAGGCACCAGGAACCUCCGCCAGCUGCCCGAGGCUGCCUCCAUCUCCCAGAUCAUCAUCAACGGCAACUACACGGACGAGCAGGAUGACUAUGACAUCGCCCUCGUGCGGCUCUCCAAACCCCUGACCCUGUCGGCUCACAUCCACCCUGCCUGCCUCCCCAUGCACGGACAGACCUUCAGUCUCAACGAGACUUGCUGGAUCACAGGCUUCGGCAAGACCAAGGAGACCGAUGAGAAGACAUCCCCCGUCCUCAGGGAGGUGCAGGUGAACCUCAUUGACUUCAAGAAAUGCAAUGACUACUUGGUCUACGACAGCUACCUCACCCCGAGGAUGAUGUGCGCCGGGGACCUCCGUGGGGGCCGGGACUCCUGCCAGGGGGACAGCGGGGGGCCCCUGGUCUGUGAGCAGAGCAACCGCUGGUAUCUAGCAGGGGUCACCAGCUGGGGCACCGGCUGUGGCCAGAAAAACAAACCCGGUGUCUACACCAAAGUGACUGAAGUCCUCCCCUGGAUUUAUAGCAAGAUGGAGAGUGAGGUCCGCUUCCAGAAAUCUUAACCAGCGCCACCCUGUGCCACUGGCUGCUACGAUGAGUCUGGCCCAAGGGACACGCCUC